AUGACUGUUGGUAAAGUAAAAAUUAUUUUUGAUAGACCUCCAAAAUAUAUAGUAAUAGAACUUUUAAACUGCAAACCUGGUCUGUAUGAUGACCUUCCACCAGAUAAUGUACUGAACUACCCAGUUAAACAAAAAUACAAAUAUGUAUGCAAAACAAGAAAUGGAUCAAGUAUAAAUCGAGAAUUUCAAAAAACUCAAUUACCUAUUACCCCAGCCUCUGCAAUUACAGAAUUCAAAUGUCAAGGCACUACAUUAAAGAAAGCAAUUGUUGGUCUAGAUGGUGGAAAAAUAAGAGCUGGUGUUUACAUAAUUUUAUCAUGUGUACAAAAAUUAAAAGAUGUUAUGAUACUUCGACCUUUUAAUCAAACUAAACUCAAUAUAACAAUUGAUCCUAAUCUUUAA